GCCCCACGAUCAAUGUUGAAAGUGUAACUUUUUCGAAGCGUCAGUACCACAAUCACUGUUUACUCUGGCAAGUACUCGAGUACUUUACAAAGCUUUCCACCUCGAUCAAUCUGUGCCGCCAAUAGCUCCAGGUCCUGUCUUACAAAAUGCCUGCGCCCACCGCGCUGAAGAAGGCAGAGGAUGCCCCGCCUGUCGCUCACAACGGCGAUGCGAUGCCAGAAGCCAUGGACCUUGAAAAUGGCGAGGAGGAGUUCACUCUAGAGACCACCGACAACAUCGAUCCGGAUACGAUUCUUGCGCCUGUCAAGGACAACGACGACUCGAUGAUGGUAGACGAGGAGGGCCGACCCAGGUUCGCGGCAGCAAGAGAUAUCGACCCUGUCACCCGCAUCGAGACACGCAAAGUUCCCGUCCCGCCGCAUCGCAUGACACCAUUGAAGCACGCAUGGGCGUCCAUCUACCCUCCGCUGGUUGAGCACCUCAAGCUGCAGUGUCGCAUGAACAUCAAGCGCAAGACAGUAGAGCUACGCACCUCAAAACACACACAAGACUCGGGCGCAUUGCAAAAGGGCGAGGACUUUGUCAAGGCAUUCACACUAGGAUUCGAUGUGGACGAUGCGAUAGCCCUGCUCCGACUGGACGAUCUGUACAUUGAGACUUUCGAGAUCAAGGACGUGAGGACAAUGCACGGCGACAGCCAGGCGCGCGCCAUCGGCCGCAUCGCCGGUAAGGAUGGCAAGACCAAGUACGCCAUUGAGAACACCAGCAAAACCCGUAUCGUCCUGGCCGACUCCAAGAUCCACAUUCUUGGCGGCUUCAAAAACAUUCACAUUGCUCGUGAGUCAGUCGUGAGCCUGAUUCUGGGUAAGCCUCCAAGCAAGGUAUAUGGAAACCUCAGAACGGUAUCGGCGCGGAUGAAGGAGCGGUUCUAGGGACGGCCAUGGAGGCGGGAAAUCGGGGGAUACCACAUUCUCUUCAUAGCUGGCGUUCAGGCAGGGUUUUUGGUUUAUUACUCACCGGUCACAACAUCUUAUGCAUUCAGACUGGCUGUGCUAGCUAGUCCUGACCAAUAAAGCACAUUGCAAUGCAAUUGUCUGCAAAAUGCCUCUCAACGUGUGACAUUGGUGCCGCCAGAUUCGCUCACCGG